GACAGCAGCUUUUUUCUACUGGUCAUGAUAAUGAAAACCACAAGCAAAACCUCUCUUAUGCAAACCCUCUCUGAGAAGAACUCCUCUUAGCAAAUACAAUAGGCUGCUAACGUGACAAACUCUGUGUAUUGUCUCAUUGAGGGAGCCUGCUUUUCUGCUUGUAUCAAAAUAUUGGAGAGCUUUGGGAAGUCCAGGAUGGCAAGGCAGAUGUGAAGUCACUCAUGGCGAAGUUUAACGUGGGUAACAGCCCCUCAGAGGAUGUUUCUGGUAACAUUCGACUCUCUAAAGUCACAGGACAGCCAACCCAUUCGGGAUUACAAACAAGGAAAGCAGUAUUUGAGAAAUUUGCAAGUCAAGGAAAUGCAGCUUCUCCUUCAGGACCCAGUGUUUCUCAAAAACCUGUUCAUCCUAAGCCUCCUCUGGCAGUCAAGCCUUCAACUGAAGAUAAGACAGAGAAGGAUCCAAAGCCCCCAUAUUUGAAACCAGUGGCACAAAGGUUUGGGGUUCAGCUUCAGGCGACUAAUAGGGAAAGUGAUGGAAAAGCUGGACACACUAAAACCCCUACCAAAAGCAGUGACUUGGCAAAAGAAGAGCCGAAGUCUCUGUAUCCAAAACCUGCAGGGAACAAGCUUCUUAAUUCAGCUCCUCAAGAGAAGGAAAAAAGGCUUCUAGGAACAAAGCCAAAUUUUAAUUCUGAAGCACAAGAGAGUGAAGAAAAAUUUUCAUCAUCAUUUUCAAAAGUAGUUGGAGUUAAGGAAAAGUUCAUGUCUGCAACACAAGAAAAUGAUCCCAAGCCUUCUUUCUCCAAACCAGCUCUUGCACAGAAGCCUUCUCUAAACCAUGCAGUUUCCCACAAUGAAGACACCUCAGGUAAAAAUGUUUUCCCACAUAAAGGUCUAGCAGGCCCUAGACCAAAUAUGCAUUCAUUUAAAGCAACAAAGGAAACGGAUGAAAAUAGUAACUGCGCUGCAGAAACUUCAGGCAGUCAUUUUUCAAACAUGGCUCUGAAACCUACUGGCCACUGGUCCAGCACAUCUCAAGGCACCCCCAAAAAUGCAGAGGAAAAGACUGAAGAAAAGGGAGUGAGUGCCGCCAGGAAUACCUUUCUGAACAAGAUCAGCCAGGAAGAAUCUGGUUUAUCUCCUCCCAAGUUCCAUAAAACAAGCACAGCGUUUGCUGCAGGAAGGUCGUUGGGUGGGUCAGAGGAGAAGGAUGACUGGGACAGGAGCUCGGGAGCCCCGAAACGGAAGUCUUUGCCCCCGCUGUUCAAGCUGGGCCAGCCCCCGCAGAAGCCCAGCCGACCACCCAGUGUGGACCUGGAAAGGUUCCAGAAGAGCAUCCCAAGAGACAGCCCUAAGAAUGAAGGGUUUAAACAGAUGGCCCCAUCCCCAGCAGCAGCCUCCCCACCUGCACCUCCUCCUCCUGCCUCUCACCCAUCCAUGCACGCUCCUGCAGCUCCCAGCCUGCCGCCCAGAAAUGUCAAGCCCAGCUCUGAAACUAUAAACCCAGACACUGAAGAAAAUUAUGAUGAUGUUGAAUUUCUUUUACAGAGUAGGAUGGGUCCUGGAAAUAAAGAUGGGGACCAAGGAAGUGAUGGAGAGAUGUAUGAGGACAUAAAUGACGUCAGAACAUCAAGGGAAAAAGAGAAGAAGUCGGAAAAGGAAGAAAAGAAAAGAAUGGACCAGGAAAAGAAAGAACAAAAGGAAAAAGAAAAGAAAGAGCAGGAAAUAAGGAAGAAGUUCAAAUUAACAGGACCCAUCCAAGUCCUUCAUCAGGCACGAGCUUGUGUUGACAGCAAGGGAGGGAAGAAUGAACUGACUGUCAAGCAGGGGGAUCAAAUUGAAAUCAUUCGUCUCACAGACAACCCAGAAGGAAAGUGGCUGGGCAGGAUAAAAGGAUGUUAUGGAUACAUUAAAACAACUGUAGUGGAAAUUGAUUAUGAUUCUUUAAAAACAAAGCAACAAGCUGUUGUGAAACAACCAGAGAUUGACCAAGAAGUAUAUGAUGAUGUUGGAGAGCAGGACAGUACUAGCAGCCAGAGUGGUGGUCGAAAUGGAGCUGGAAAGAUGUUCCCACCUCCUCCUUCUGAUCAAGAAAUUUAUGAUGGAGUUGAUGACACAGAUGCUGUUCCUAGGUCUGUAUCACAGGAUGAAGAUAAGAAUGAUAUCUGGUCCUGGGGAAUCUUGAAGAAGCUAAAGGUCAAAGAUGACAAAAAGAAAAGUGUACGAGAAAAAACAACCAAAGUCAAUGGGGCAGAAGAUAAUGGAGAUUUGUUCAGGUCUUCUUCAACAAAGCAGUUUGGAAAAGAUUGUGGAGACAGUGAUGUUUAUGAUGACGUAGAUUCCUCAGACUUCCCUCCUCCACCGCCUGAAUUCAAUUUACCAAAAUCUGUGAGCCUUGGAAAAGGCAAAUCAGAUGAAAAGUAUCCACAAAAGCUUAAAAUGAUGGAACGAGAAGAAAAAGAGUUCAGAAAAAAGUUCAAGUUUGAAGGUGAAAUCAAAGUUCUUUACUCUACCACCACUGUCCAGGAUUUGCCCCAAAGAAAGUGGGGAUCUAAAGACUUGCAGAUUAAACCAGGAGAGACUCUUGAAAUUAUACAAAGUACAGAUGAUACCAAGGUGCUGUGCAGGAAUGAAGAAGGAAAAUAUGGCUAUGUUCUGAGAAGCAAUUUAGUUCAGAACGAUGGAGAGAUUUAUGAUGACAUUGGUGAAGAUUGCAUCUAUGAUAAUGACUAAUGCAGAAUUCUGUGAGAGUAAUAGCUUCAUUGAAGACCAAAAUCUAUUUUGGACUUCCUACUUGUCAAGCAAGAGAAGUCAUUAAAGAUGAUUAUAAGUUAAUUGCUUAUGCUCUUCUAAAUGCACAAUAUUUGGUUAGUGUUUUUAUAAUUUCAGGGUUUUGUUCUCAGUUACUUUGUAAGAUAUUUGUAUUGCCAUUUAUGAGAGCAAUUCAAAUUUGGGAAUAUGAACUGAAACUGAAGUUACCGUCUUCCACUUCAAUUCUACACUGUUGACAAUCCAUGUAAAAACAAUUCCUUAAUUAGCUGUGCCCAAAGAGGCCAAUUCAGGUCAAUGAAGGAUACAAAGGACAACAAACCCUGUGAACAAGUUUUAGUCUAGCUCCAUUUUGAUAAACUCCAGAGACUGCCACUCUGGGUAUGACAGCAUCCUGAAAAGAUGCUUCCUUUGGGGAUAACAUCCUGUUGUGAAAACAGGAAAUCAAAAGUGGGCAUCAGAGUACAUCUUGCUCACCUGCUUUUCCAACUGCAAACAUGUUAGCUACACUGACAUGUACAGCCAUGUACCUUCAUUGCUAAAAUUUCUUUUUCUGUGUUGUGCUAGUGUUAGUUUAGUCAUUUCUAAAAUUGUCUUUAUUUUGUAAGUACUUUUUGGCUAAGGUUAAUAGUAAAACAUUAAUAAUAAGUUAUGUUACAUACCACACUCUGAGAUAUAAGCCACAGAACAGUCUGCUUUAUAGUGUAGUGUUGCUUAGAAUAUCUUCAGAAUGUUUAGGUUAAGACUUAAUUUCUUUGUAGUUUAAAUAUAUAUUGAUAUAUAUUACUGUCAUUAUAAUAUUUUAGGCAUUAAAAUGGAUCUACACACUUAUAAAUUGGUUGGAAAUAAUUUCUAGAUUUAAAAAGUAUAUUUAUUGAUGCUAUCUUUUUUUCUAGCUAUUAUUUUUUUACAUUGGGCUUGGUGAAACAAGGGCAUAUAAAUUAGACAUUCCCAUGCUGAUCCAUUGUAGAAACAAUAUUUAUUCCUAAAGUGGCCAUGAUAAUUAGUGAUGCUUUUAUCUGAAUGAGCAGAUAGCAAAAGAAAUUAAAAUGGAUGGAUGAACCAUAAUAAUGAUCACUUUGAACUUGCUUAUUUAUCAGAACUCACUGGAAAUCUAAAGAAGUUUACAGUGAACUCCCAGUAGAGAGGCUGAGCAUGUACAGAAAAUGGAAUCUAUUUGUAAUGCGUGAUGCUUUUGCUGUUUUGCAAGAUAAUCGAAAAUUUGUCAGAACCAAUGUGGCUGGAUCAGUCUUGAUAAUCAAGUCUCCACUAAUCCUCAAGGGCAGAAAUGUGAAAUACAUUAUGCAAAAGAGUGCAGUGCAGCAAGCUAGUAAGUUUAGCUUCUAAACAUAAAAAAAAGAAAUUUUGGCCCUGUUGAAGUCAGAAUUUUGGAGUCACUUUCAGUGGAGCUGAGAUUUCAUCUUAUGCAAGUGCCUUUUACUGAUGAUCUAUGUGCAGUAGAUCUCUAAAUAAGAACAACGCUAUGAUAGUAAACAUGACAUUAAUUGUAGAAAUAAUAUCUGUAUUCAAAAUCACUGAUUAUACACAGAAAAGUUAUAAGCAAACUUGAGUUUCCAGUUCUAUAUUUACUGUUAAAGUCAACAUCCAGGCAUGCAAGCACCAAUUUUAUGUGUAAACAUCAGCACCUGCACCCACAUUUAAAACAUGACCUUUUAAGUUAAAUACAAUGAAUGUGUCUUCGCUGCUGGUGGUUGAUUUAUUUUUUCUGGGGAUUUCUAGAGGGUACAUGUAUCAGGUUGGUAAUGUGAGAACAAACUGGAGCAAAUUCCAGCUUCAAAAUUCAGACAUUCAGAAAUAUAUGACCCCUUGUCAGUUAAAAAUAGGAUAAAUAUUUUCAUGCUUUACAUAAUUAACAUAAAAAGAGUUUGUGUUAAAUUUCAAAGUGUAUAUGCCCAGUCUUAUUUUGGUUUCAACUCACUGUAGAACUCUAUAUAUUGCAGUAAGAUCAACAAAGGAACUUUCCUUCUGUAUGUACUUUAUCUUGCAUGAAAGGACCUCAGUACUACACAAACCUCUUUUGUUCCCCUGUACAGAUGUGAAUUUUAUUCUUUGUAAGAUUUUCUGGUAAUGUAUUUGAAUACUGUUACCAUUUUCUUAACUUUGAUAUGAUGUAGGUACUGUGUUUGAUAUGAUGUAGGUACUGUGUUUCCUUGUUGACUCUGUACUGAUCCUACAGUGCACUAGAUCAUCAUAAAAAAUAAUAAGAAGAUACUUUAAGCUAAAAAUGUAUGCAUUCUUUGAUAUAUAGUGUGAUUGGCACAGGGUGUUGAAAUGUGCUUACAAGGUAUUAUACACUGAAAUCACAAUAAAUUUCUCUUUUUGUUACUUUA